AUGAAAGAGGAGGUAGCACCACCAAAGGCAUCACAUUCAGUACCGCGGUCAUUACGGCCUGAGCGGGAAAAGUUAUUACCACCAAAAAGACCAUCUGUUAUACCCAAGAGAGUCGUACAUGAUACGGAAAUAAUCAACAAGCAUGAAGACUUAGAAUUACAACAAAACGAUUUGAAAGAAGGAGCUGCAAGUGAUCUUAAUGAUACAGAUUCCAUUUCAUCAAGAAAUGAAAAAUUAACACAUUUAAAAAUAAUCUGGCAGGAGAAAAUUGUAGAAUUCGAAAAAAUAAAAAAUGAUUUAAAUGAUAAACAGAUCAAAUCACUUGCGAAGAAGAUAAAAGAAUACGCUGCUGAAAAUGAAAUGUUGUCUUGUUCUUUUGAAAAAGUAAAGAAUGAAUUCAUAAUAGAAUUAAACGAAAUUGUAAGCUUUAUACGAAAAUCUGUGAAAGACACAAUGACUUUAAAUUUACGCAACGAGCAAUUGAUUUGUGAAGUGUCCGACCUGAAUUCACAGAAAAGUGAUCUUCGUAAACAGCUCCAUGAAGCAGAUUAUCGCAGACCAAGUGGUAUUAAAAAUAAAGUCGAGGACUUAGAAAAGCAGUUGAAAGAAGAAAAGUGCAAAAACAAUCUCUUAAGAGUACAAUUGAAUCGAGCAUCGUGCCAGGGCAAAGUCAAUGCCGAACAAAUAUCGCACAUCGAAGCAGCCCUGGAGCAGUCUCAAUCUAACUGCUGGGCAUUGGAGAGAACUGUACAAGAUCUUCAAGAAAAGAAUCGAAAAUUGCAAGCAGAUUUCGGUUUAGAAUUCAACAAAUUUACGGAAUCGAUUCGCGAAAAUACAGCUCAUUUGGAAGAAAUUGCUGAAGCUCGUGAAAAGUUACAAGCUGAAAAAGAAGACUUAGAAAAACGUCUCGCGGAACUCUCCACGCAUUAUAAUGAAUCUAUUAAAAACAUGAAAAAGGAAAUUAAUGUAAAAGUUGAAAAAAUUAUAGAAACAGAGAUGAAAUACGAAGAUGAAAAAGAAGAACGGCUUAAAUUAAUUGAUAAAGUAGAAUCUCUUUGUGCGCAACUACUUGAAUCAGAAUUAAGAUAUAAAGAUAUGGUUAAGCAAGUUCAAGAACUAGAGCUGCAAUUGAGUAAUGCUGCUGAAUGUCGACAAGAAUUAAAUAUCACAAAGCACCAGUUAGAUAUAGCUAACACAGAGAUAGAAAAAUAUCGUGAUAGAUUUAUAGAGCAAAGUGAAGCAAUAAAAGAAAUAGAGAACAAUUUCAAAGAAUCAGCGAGUUUAGAAGAAAAUCUGAAAAGCGACUUGAAAAUCAAAGAAGAAUACAUUGGGGAACUAGAAAAGAAAGUGGAUUUAUUAGAACAACAACGACAAGAAAGUGAAAACAAAAUGACUGCAUAUGAAGAACAAUUAUCGUCAUUGAAGAAUAAUUUAGCUCAAUUACAGGAAGAUUUUGGAGAAUUCGAAAAUCUUAACGAACUUCAUGAAAUGGUAAAACAGCAACGUGCGAAUUUAAUCGAAGCUACGAGACAAAAUGGCGAAUUAGCAGAAGCAUUACAAAAAAAAGAUAUAGAAUUAGAGCAAUGUGUAGAAACUAUUUCAGAACAAGAACAUAUUGUAGAACAACGAGAUGAAAUUAUAAAAAUGUUAUCACAAAAAGAAGAAGAACACACUAAUAUUAUAAAAUUACUAAGAAACAAUUUAGAGAUGAGAACGCAAGCAGAAGUUGAUCUCAAUCAAGAUCUUUCUGAGAAAAAUGCUGAAAUAGAUAAUCUUAUUAACAAUCUCGAUACAAGGAAACAACAAAUUUGUGAAUUAGAAAAGGUCAUACUAACCUUAGAAAACCAAACACGUAAACUUAGUGCACAGAGAAGAAAAGAUCAAGAAAAUAUACAGUCCUUAGAAACAAAACUUGUCGAAUAUGAGACAAUUUAUAUGGAGAAAAAACGGAAUAUGGAGACAACCUCUGAAAACCUAGAUAGCAUUAUAAAAAAACUUGAACUCGAAAUUAACGACACGAUAGAGACAAACUCAAAAAAUAUGGAGUCAUUCUUUUUAGAUCAGACCCAUGUUGCGGGGGAUCGAAUUCUAACUAAAAGAUUACACAAACACCAAUUAGAACAAUUUAAUAGAAACAAUGAUAUUUUCCUAACGGACGGAAUGAUACAGAAUAAGCCAAUCGCAGAUAAAUGUCCUAAGCGAGAUUAUAAAGAAAUCAAACAUGACUUGGACCGUCAAAAAGGUAUUACAAAUAUACAAAAUAAAAAGUGGAUGUGUUCUCCUGAACCCAAUCUCAAUAUUUAUGAUUCUGGAACACUUGAGACAGAAGAAUCAUUCAAUAGAAAAGAUUACCUAACAAAAAAUUUGCAUCUAUCAUCUCUACAGCAAUCUCGUGAUGACAAAAAAAUUAAAACGUUUAAAUUUGCAGCCCAUAGAAUAUAA